UCAUAGAUUAAAUAUAUUUACACGCUAUGGCAAAUAUGAAAUGAUGACAUUAUUGAACCAUGUAAAAACUGAAAGUUUUGCAAUCACGAGUGAAUAACAAAACAAACAAACAACAAAAUAAACACUAAAAGGGGUUUUGAGGCUGGAGUGUGGUGAGAGGAGUUUGCUUUAGCUGGGAAUUUAACUAAGGGAUCCUAGUUAAAUGAGGGAGAGAAAUCGUUUAGAUGAUCAAAUCUCAUACAAAGAUAAAGAUCAACUCUAAACUGAGCACCUUGUCUUUCACCAGCAAAUUGUUACUUUUCCGUUCCCUUUUAUUCUGCUGAUGGCGGUACCAGAAGUAGGCGUCGGCUGACCCAAGAAUCUCAGGUGAUGUUUCCCAAAGAACUGCUUCAGUGUAGUGGCCAGUCGGACCCUCAGGGUGUCUGUUGGGCUUCUGGCCCUUCAGUCAGAAAGGUGGGCUGUGAGCUGGUUAAAUGACUAUUUUGCUAAUUACUAUCUUCUGCUAAUUUUAGCUACAUGUUGCUGUGUUCAGCUUGACACAGUUUUGCCCUUUCUCUACAAAAUUUUCAUUUUUUUCUGCUUUCAUCAAAAGUCAUCUGUUCAAAUUUAACUCAUAUUUACAGUUUUGCUAUCAAAUCUUUUCAGCUUGAUUUCAGCUGCUUUCAGCAAAAGUUUUCAGCAAUAAACAUUCACACUGCAUGAAAAUUCUCUGGUUUAAAACGGCUUCUUGAUGUUUUGUUAUUGUGUUUAAAAUAUUCAGUAACAGAAAACAUGUUUUGUUUUCACAUUUUCAUUCUCAGACCCGUUCUGUCAGAUUAAAAUAUUCUACUCUCUGUUCAGCAGAUGGUGCUAAACUCUAAUUUCUUUUGGUCUCUGAGCUGCACAGGGUUGUGUUUUGAUAAAACAAACACACACAAUGUUGUUAAAUGUCAUCUAAAGUCAUGUGUUUGUUUAUGUGUUGGUUCCAUCAGGGUUAUUGUGGUCUACAGUUGGAUCAAUUUCUGCUGACCUGCUCCACUGUGUACACACACAUACACAUUUUCCUCCUCUAUAACCCAUUAGAUAUAUUGACAGUUCCACAUUCAAUAUUUUUUGUUCUAAUUAGUUUUAGGCACCGCUGAAACAGUGCUGCUAAUGAUGCCAGAGUUCUCUGAAAGCCUGUGUUGGGACUCUGCAGUUUGUUGGCUGAUUCGCUUCGGCUGAUCUUUACUCCAUCGAUCCCUUUCAGCAGAACUCUGCUCUGCUGGCAGAUCUCUGCUCGUUCCGGUGCCGAUCCCUCCGGUCUGCAGGGUUCUCCGUCAGAACCAGGAGGUCUACAGCUGAGGAGGAAGGAUGAGGCCCUGGUUUCGCUCCAGCAGGUUCAGAUCUGUCCAGCAUACCUCCCUGUCAACCAGCCGCUCAGAGAAAGGUACGGGCUGGUCGAGCCGCUCGCUCGGCGCCCGAUGUCGAAACUCCAUCGCCUUGUGCUCCGACGAGCAGCCACACAUCGGGAACUACCGACUACUUAAAACCAUUGGCAAGGGCAACUUCGCCAAAGUCAAGCUGGCUCGGCACAUUUUAACCGGCAGAGAGGUUGCGAUUAAGAUCAUCGAUAAAACACAACUUAAUCCAACCAGCCUACAGAAGCUGUUUCGAGAGGUACGCAUCAUGAAAACUCUCAACCAUCCAAACAUCGUUCAGCUGUUUGAGGUGAUUGAGACGGAGAAGACACUUUACUUGGUUAUGGAGUACGCUAGUGGAGGGGAAGUUUUUGACUACCUCGUGGCUCACGGUCGAAUGAAAGAGAAAGAGGCCCGGGCUAAAUUCAGACAGAUCGUGUCAGCUGUGCACUACUGUCAUCAGAAGAAUAUUGUUCACAGAGAUUUAAAGGCUGAGAACUUGCUGCUGGAUGCCGACUCCAACAUCAAAAUAGCCGACUUUGGUUUCAGUAACGAGUUCACGGAGGGCAGUAAGCUGGACACGUUCUGCGGCUCCCCGCCUUACGCCGCCCCGGAACUCUUCCAGGGGAAGAAGUACGACGGCCCAGAGGUGGACAUCUGGAGCCUGGGCGUCAUCCUGUACACGCUGGUCAGCGGGUCGCUGCCGUUUGAUGGACAGAACCUAAAGGAGCUGCGGGAGCGUGUUUUAAGGGGGAAAUAUCGCGUGCCCUUCUACAUGUCCACAGACUGUGAGGGAAUCCUGCGCCGCUUCCUGGUCCUCAACCCAACUAAGCGCUGCUCCUUGGAGCAAAUAAUGAGAGAUAAGUGGAUUAAUGUUGGUUAUGAAGGCGACGAGCUGAAGCCGCAUUUACAGCCUGAAGAGAACUUCAGUGAUACCAGUCGUGUUGAUGUGAUGGUUGGGAUGGGAUUCGGCAGAGACGAGAUCAGAGAGUCUCUGAUCAGUCACAAGUACAACGAGAUCACUGCCACCUACCUGCUGCUCGGACGCAAGAAUGAGGCGGAGGCCACCGAGUCUCGAUCAGCCAGCAGUCUGAGUCUAGCUCGAGUCCGCCCCGGCACCAUUUCAAAUGGAACAAGCAAGCACUCCUCGUCCUCUUCCUCCUCCGGUGCACCGUCUUCCUCUGGACACAAGCCGCAGCGCAGCGCCUCCACCUACCACCGCCAGAGACGCCACUCUGACUUCUGUGGUCCUGCGGCUCCAGGGUCUGCUCACCCCAAACAAAGUCCCAGCGGCGAAGGAGCGGGGCUUAAAGAGGAGCGACUGUCAAUACGCAAACCGAGCGCCUCAACUGUGGGCUCCCGUAGCAUCCCGACACCCUCCAGCCCCAUGGUUAGCUCUGCCCACAACCCGAAUAAAGCCGAAAUACCCGACAGGCGCAAGGAAGUGAACUCAACGACGAACAACAUUCCUGCUCGUGCCAUGACCCGAAGGAACACUUACGUGUGUACGGAUCGAACGAGCACCGAGAGACACACUCUGCUUCAAAACGGCAAAGAGAACAGUACCUUAUCCCACCGCCUGCCUCCCGCCUCGCCAUCGACCCACAGCAUCGCCGGCGCCUCGGGGGUCUCCUCCUCAUCCUCCACACCUUCGUCCUGUCUCUCCAGGGGAUCCACCGUGAGGAGCACGUUCCACGGGGGGCAGAUCAGAGACCGCCGCACCCCCUCCCACACACCGCUGGCAUCGCCCGCCUCGUCUCACGAUGCCAGCCCGCUGCCUCACGUCAGGACCCGGGCCACCACUAACCUGCUCAGCAAACUCACCUCCAAGCUGACCCGCAGGGUCACAGACGAACCUGAGAGAAUCAGCAGAUCUCCGGUCACAAGUCGCCAUCUAUCUGGGUAUCAAAAAGCGGUCGAGCCCCGGACCCCCCGAUGCGGCUGGGAUGUGAGGGUGCGGAGCCCCCGGGACCCGGCCGAGGUGGUGCUGGCGCUGCGCGAGGCGGCGCAGGGCUGCGGCUGCCAGGUCCACCUGGCUGGGCCGUUCCUCCUCUCCUGCACCCACGGAGCAGCCGGCGCCCGCGUGGCCUUCGAGGCCGAGGUCUGCCAGCUGCCCAGCGGGCUGGGCCAGAGCAGCGGGGUCAAGUUCAAGCGCCUGUGGGGGGCGCCAUUAGCCUUUAGAGACAUCGCCACCAAAGUGUCCAAGGAGCUGGAGCUCUGAGAGCGAGCGGAGGUGGGGCGGCUGGAUGACAGGAUGGGACGGGAGGAAGAACAGGAAGCUCCUCCUCCUCAUCAGCACUGCCUCACCUCCACCCUCGCAGCUGGACGAGUGGAUGCAAAGAUGCAGACAGGCUUAUGAUGACCUCUGACUUCAGAGCUGACCUUUGAACCCUGCUUACCUGCUCCCACCUAGUUUGUUUUAUUUUUUUUAUCUGCAGAAUAGGAUUUAAGGCUGUUGUGAAUGAAUGAUGGAGAGUGAUCGUUUUAUUUCUGUUGUUUGUCAUCAUUCCUUUUUAAAGAGCUGCUAUUUAAAUAAGUUUUUUUAAUUA